UGCCCUGGCCUACAUCCGACGCCCUCUCCCGCUUAAAACCGGCUACCAAACAGCCCUUUAGGCAAUGCUCAUCAACACCCUCGGCUCCGCCCUAGCUGCCGCCCCCAUCGGAGGUCGCCUGCGCCGCCAUUAUCCGGAGAUCCGUGCACUGGACGCCGCUCAGCUUUUCGACCUGGAAGCCCGGGCCUCAGAUCGCCUGGAUCAGCGCGGACGCCUCAAGAUCGCCAUUAUUGGUUUCGGCAACUUCGGACAGUUCCUCGCUCAGACCUUCGCCCGGCAGGGCCACAGCCUUCUCGCUCAUUCCCGCACCGACUACUCUGCCGCCGCAGCGUCUCUCGGCGCCUCUUUUUUCUCCGAUCCCAAUGACCUCUGCGAGCAGCAUCCAGACGUAGUCCUCUUCUCCACCUCCAUCCUCUCCACCGCUCCCGUUCUCCAUUCCCUUCCCAUCCAACGCCUCCGCCGUAACACCCUCUUUACUGAAGUACUCUCCGUUAAGGAGUUCCCGAAAAGCCUCUUUUUGAAGCACCUCCCACCUCAUUUUGACAUCCUCUGCACCCACCCCAUGUUCGGCCCCGAGAGCGGCAAGGAUGGUUGGGCUGGCCUCCCUCUGGUUUUUGAGAAGGUACGCAUUGGGGACUGCGAUGAACGUGCUGAGCGGUGCAAGAGCUUUCUUGAUAUUUUUGAGCGGGAGGGCUGCAGGAUGGUGGAGAUGUCUUGUGUCGAUCAUGAUGCCAAUGCUGCCGAGACUCAGUUUUUGACACAUACUGUGGGGCGCUUGCUGUCUAGACUUGAUCUGAAGUCGACCCCGAUUGAUACCAAAGGGUAUGAGGCGCUGCUGAAGCUGGUGCAGAACACUAGCAACGAUAGCUUCGAUUUAUACAAUGGGCUAUUUAUGUACAAUAAGAACUCUACUGAUCUGCUGGAAAGACUGGAUUUGGCUUUUGAUUCUUUGAAAAAGGAACUUUUUGGGAAAUUGCAUGAUGUUUUGAGGAAGCAGCUCUUUGAAAAUUCAGAGAAUUGAUGGACAAGAGUUUCUGGGAAGGAUAGUUCAGUUUCUGGAGGGGCAAUUGCAGAAGAAGUGUUAGUUCUGGACUCAUGGCAGCUUUGUGAAGCCCAAACUUUUGGAUGGAUUACAGGAAGUGAAGCUGGAAGAUGCAUAUGGGAUAAGGAGGAAGUACAGUGAGUUCUUUUCAGAAUCUGGCUUAUUUUUUUUCCCCUUUGAAGGAGACAUUUUCUUAAAAUAAAGCUAAAUUUAUUAAAAUAAAUAAAGGCUUAUAUAGUUGAGUACUCUAUAUCCAGCCUGCUACAUAUUUUGUAGAGAACAAAGUAAACAUGUUUAUGUCACCAUUUGAUUUGC